CCCCUCCUUUUCUCUCCUUUUGCAGUUUUCCAGAUUUAAAAAAAAUGGCCGUGGAGAAGCGCCUGGCGUUCUCUAUUGUGCAGUUUCUACGAGAUCAAACACACUGCGGUGCUUUAAAUUCUGACGAGCAGGAGAGUCUGGAAGUGGCUAUACAGUGUUUGGAGACCACUUUUAAGAUCAGCUCCAGUGACUGUCACCUGGCUGCACCUCAGCCUCUCACUGAGAUAUUCCUCAAUUCCCUGCUGAAGAAUGACAACAUAACCAUACCAGAGUGCUCUCCGUCUCCAGAAGACAUUGAGCGAGCAGAACAGCUGAAGAACGAAGGGAACAACCACAUGAAGGAGGAGAACUACAGAUGUGCAGUGGAGUGCUACACUAAGGCUAUUGAUCUGGAUCUGAGAAACGCCGUGUACUACUGCAACAGGGCUGCAGCUCACAGUAAACUGGGCAACUACACAGAGGCCACAUGCGACUGCGAGAGAGCCAUUGGGAUCGACCCCACUUACAGUAAAGCAUAUGGGCGGAUGGGUCUAGCUCUGACAGCCACGAACAAAUACCCAGAGGCAAUUUCCUACUUUAAGAAGGCAUUGGUGCUAGACCCUGAGAACGACACGUACAAAUCCAAUCUGAAGAUAGCAGAGGGGAAGCAGAAAGAAGCGAGCAGUCCAGUAGCAGCAGGACUGGGCUUCGACAUGGCCAGUUUGAUCAACAACCCUGCCUUCAUUAGCAUGGCUGCCAGUGUGAUGCAAAACCAACAAGUACAACAGCUCAUGUCUGGAAUGAUGUCCAACGCAGUGGGGGGGCCUGCAGCUGGAGUGGGAGGACUCUCGGACAUUUCCAGUUUGAUUGAAGCGGGACAACAGUUUGCUCAGCAGAUCCAGCAGCAGAAUCCAGAGCUGAUUGAACAGCUGAGGAACCACAUCCGGAGCCGCUCCUUCAGUGGCAGCGCUGAGGAACACUCAUGAUCUAAUCAGAGACCCAGUGUGUUGACAAGAGGGGACGAGGACGGGUUCGAAGGCACUUUACUGUAACUGAAGGCUGCGGAGGGCGGAGGAGACCAGAGCCUGGAGACUGGACCAUGAACUGAAACAUCCCACAUUUAGGGCAGAAUAUAUGGUGAACACUUCAUCGAAAUAAACCAUAGA